CCCAUUUCGAAAUCAGUUGAGAACGCGUCAUGGCGCCAGUUCCUCUUAGCUUCUUCGUUGUCAUGGGUUUAACUAUUAUGGUUACCAAAUCAAAUCCCAUUUUCAAACGCUGCAACUAUUUCCACAAAACUGCAGUUACCAUUUAGUCGUGUUCGACGGUUGUAUCACUUUGCUCUCGCUUAUCCUUGCCGCUAAUAAAUAAUGUCCAAUCACUACUACAAUGAGCUUUGGCACCAGGCGCAGCACGAAGUUGAUCUUUUAGCAGUCGCCGAUGAACAGCAGGGACAGAAUUUCGAGACUGCGCUCGCCGCUCUGGCUUCGGCCCUGCCGGAUAUAGAAGCAGUGACCGACCCAAAAAAGCUUAUUCAGUCUACUGUCUAUGAGUUCUAUUUACGCUAUAUCGGCAUCGCCAAUCGUCUGGAGGAAGUUUACGACAAAAUGAUACAGCCACAGAAGCGACUCUUGGUGCGCAAGCUACUCGACGCGUGCCUGGGGCGCGUUAUUGAGCUUAAACAUGAUCUGGUCAAUAUCGAUUUAAUGGAGUUCAAUUACAACGACGCGGUUGUUAUACGGCUGCAACUAACGCCCAUGGAUACUGAGCUGCAUAUACCGCGCUACUUUCUACGCGAACGACAACAACAAAUCGAGCAACGCAAUCGUACCAUGCACGAAAUACUCAUCAAGCUGGGUUGGUUAGAAGAGCAUCCGAGUGAAGAGAAGCUAAGCGAAAUCGAGGCUAUACGUCUCUUGCAGAUGCAUGAGCGCGCGCGCCAGGGAAGGUUACGAGCGCAUUUCAUGAAAGAGAUACGCAUGCUGAAGGAUAAGGGCAAGGCAGAGGAGAAAGGCAAGGAGCGCAGCGAUAUGGGUCUCUUGGCCGCCAUGAAGAUACAGAAGGUGUGGCGCGGCCAUACCGCGCGCCGCAUCACGCGAAGACGAAAGCAAGAAGAAAUGAUUUUGAUCGGCAUGGUGCCGCCCACCGCGGCGAUGCUAAAGAGACGUGCCGAAAAGGAGGACAAGCUAAAUAAGAUUUACGAGCGUCGCUAUGCAACACAAGCGGCCUACAAACAGAAACUGGAAUCAUCCGUAGUAGCUGUGCGCGCGGACAUAAAGUCCAAGCAGGGUUCUACAAUAACCGAGGACAUAACCGAUGAGUUACGCGCCUGGAUCAAGGAUUGUUACGAGAAAACGGGCAAAUUGCCAGAAUUUCCGAGCGAGGACCAAGGCGGUUCGCUGCAUAUCUUCAGUCGGCCAGGCACUGAAAGCGAGCUCAGCCGCUCUUCAGCGCGCUCCUCAAAGGAGUCGCGCAAGACCA